GCAGUGAUGCAGGCCGACACCUUCAACUCACUGCCGGGAUGACUAAAACCAGAUAUAGACGUUGGUCGUGUCACUGCUGUAGAAGCCGUCCCUAUUCUAAACGACGGUGUGUGUUGUGUUGUUCUAACGACCAUGUGAAUAGCAGACCCGACUCUUGAACUGAUCUACUUCCUCAAGGAAGGAGGAAGGAGAAGCGCAACCAAAACGGGCCAAGCACACAAGACGAGUAGCAGCCAGGAGCGUUAGUCUCAUACCCUGGGGGGAGGAGAAGGAGGAGGAAGGGGGCAUCUGACGGUGUCUUUACCCUUCUGUCUGAGAGGGUCCGACAACUGUGAGCAUGCUGAAACAGUCUCUGAACAUCCUGAAGAGCCUCGGCUCUGCAGGGAGGUCACAGGAUGCCACCGACCUGCUGCAUGAAGACCUGGUGAUGGUGGAGCAGCGGGUGGAGCCAGCUAAAAAGGCGGCGCAGAUGCUUCAUAAGAAACUGCAGGCUUGUCUGCAGAGCCAGCCGGGGCUGGAGGCUGACAAACGCAUGAAGAAACUCCCACUAAUGCUGCUGUCCAUCUGUAUGGCAGAGAGCUUCAAAGACUUUGAUGCAGAGUCUUCUAUCAGGAAGGUGUUGGAGAUGUGCUGUUUCAUGGAGAAGAUGCUGGCCACCAUGUUGGCUGACUUUGAGGUGAAGGUUGAGAAAGAAGUUCUGGAGCCGCUCAGUAAACUCAGUGAGGAUGACCUACAAGAGAUUCUUCGCAACAAGAAACAGUUUGCCAAACUCACCACAGACUGGCACAAUGCACGCAACAAGUGUCAGUCCAGUACAGGCCCCCAGGCGAAGCAGGAUGGGCUAAGAGACGAGGUGGAGGAGGCUUGGAGGAGGUUGGAGAACAUCAGGGACGAGUACUCUGCUGACCUGUAUCACUUUGCCACAAAGGAAGACGACUACGCAAACUACUUCAUCCGGCUGUUGGAGCUCCAAGCAGAAUAUCACAAACAGUCACACGAAUUCCUGGAUCGAAACAUCACCGAGCUAAAGGAGAACCACACUAGUAAAGAUCCUGGGUGGAGUCUGUCGAAGGGGAAGGUGUACGGAGAGCCGCUGCUCACUCACCUGUCUGCAAGCCAGAGAGAGAUCGCUGCUCCUAUCCAGGAGUGUGUUCACAUGCUGCUGAAAACCGGCAUGAGAGAGGAGGGUUUGUUUCGUCUGACGGCGGCAGCCUCUGUGGUGAAGAGGCUAAAGACUAGUCUGGACCGAGGAGAAGUCAACCACAGCGAGUUCGAUACAGAGCCUCACGCUGUAGCUGGAUCUCUGAAGUGCUACCUGAGAGAACUCCCCGAACCUCUGAUGACCUUUGAACUCUAUGGCGAUUGGGUUGAAGCGGCAGGAGCGAAAGACCCAUCAGAUAAACUGGAAAAGUUCAAAGGGCUGCUGAAGAAACUUCCUCCAGAGAACUACAACAAUCUCAGGUACCUGAUCCAGUUCUUGUCGCUACUGUCGGAGAAACAGGAGGUGAACAGGAUGACUCCCAGUAACAUCGCCAUCGUCCUCGGACCAAACCUGCUUUGGCCGAAGGCUGAAGCGGAGGUGGUGAUGUUGGACAUGGCGUCAGCCUCUUCGGUCCAGGUUGUGCCGGUGAUUGAGCCUCUCAUUCAGUACAGCAGCAGUCUCUUCCCUGAAGAGGUUUCUUUUGAGAUCCCUGAACUUCCAGACAGUGCAGAUCUGACCUCAUUCACUUCUGUAUCCCAGUCGUUGGAUUUGAUGAAAGACAACCUGAGCAGAACGACGUCUUCCUCCUCCACGGCCUCUUCCUCCUCCUCCUGUCAUCCUGCUCUCUCAAAGAACAACAGCACGGCCUCGAAUGACGGUGGCGGCUUCUUCCUGGUGAAAUCUGGUUCUGUGAGUCGUGUUGCAACCUCUACAUGGGACAGCCCUGCCACUGACCUGGCAGGAAACACCUCCAGCAUCCUCCCCUCAACCCUGGCCCCGAGUCCUGCCUCCAGCUCGACAGCCAAUCAAAUGCCGUCUCUGCUUUCCAGAAUGUCAGCUCCAAUCCCGUUCAAGACCAGGACUCCUAGCCAAAGACAAGGUUCAGAACAGGGUCAUCUGGAGUCCAUUACUGAGGCACCACCAAACUCCCCCAGAGCCAAGCUGAAGAUUGCCUCACCGUGCAAACCAAGGAGAUCCUUUUGCAAAGGACCGAUUCAGGCCAACGAGCAGGUGGUGGUCCAGUUCUCCAAACCCAGAACAUCUGCACCUCAGCGCCCGGUGCCGACGGACGCCAAAAGCCAACCGGAACCCUCACCGAGGGCCCAGAUUCCAGUCCUCAAGAAGACCCCUGUAAAAAAGCCCCACGUCAAAGCCCCCACCUGCCCCCCACCCCUUCCGCCAUCAUUGGAGGGUAAACAGGUUUCUUCUGUAUCACAGUGAGAUAGAAUGACACCCGCAUUCACCGACUUUUUCUGAUCUAGUGUUUGAAACAUCGAUGUGUGUAAGAAGUGGACAACAAA